CAGCAAGAAAAGACUGUCACUACAAUUUUCCUACUGCUCUAGCAUAUUAAUUCACCCAGUUUAAACCUUUCGGGUCGAAAAGCAGCAUGUUGUCCACAUUUACUGUAAAGCACAACUGAAAAGCACAGUGGAAAGUUUCUCUUGCGUUACGAGACCCCUCACACGAAAAAAGGGGAUUGUAAACUUUUCUCUCACCACUCACCUGCACACAUGAUGGCCCAAAAGCUGACCACUAAACCCUUCCUUUCCAAAUAGAGCAGUCACUUUACGGGUUGUGAGAAAAAAAAAGGCUGAAAAAUUACCAAUUCCAUCGGAAAAGUUGAUUAAAGUUGUAACUUUUAUUUGCACCCGUGAUACAUGCUUCUCCGGCCGGUCUCCGUAUACCGAUUUCUUAACAGCGUUUUAUUUUUUAUUUUUUUUUUCAGUUUACCUGUAUGAUAUCCGUGAGUGAUUUUGCGUCAUUAAACGGCCACACCAACAACGGCAAACAAAAUAAAAAAAAAAUGCCGGACUCUAAUUCGGGUGAACUUCAUAACGGGGGCUUUGUUGAAAUAUUUUUCGAUGCUUCGAUGCCAGCAGCCGAGCAAGGGUGGAACACGGGGGAUGGGUAGAGCAGCAGCCAAAGGUGUCCAUCUCGGAAGAUUCACGCUUCACUUCCGUGCAAAAGUGGCAACAACAAACUGCCGAACUGAACCGCGACCGUGUGAGGGUCGCUGGCCGAUCCGCCCGUGGUGUGGAUCGCCGAAUUUUUUCCGGCGGUAUAUAAGCUACUGGUCGUGGUCUUCCAAAGUCAGUUCUUUCUCUGGUCUCGCUAUCUCUGGUACUAGUGUAGGUGCGAAGAAAAGUGUACGCAAAAUCAGCGCGAUUGGUCAAUCGACAGUGCACAAUGCGUAUGUUUAUUAUCCCUUGCUGCCUGGCCCUGCUGGUGGCAUUGGCCACUGUUGAGGGAAGUCCUCAAACGGAACAGCAGGCGGCAGCCGCCGAAAAGAGAAGCGUAGAAGCUGAGCCAAAGGAUUCUCAACGUCUUGAGAAACGAGGAGCAUCGCUGGACGAAUGGAGCCAACUUUCCCACGGUUACGCUGACCAGCAUAGCUACCAGCAGUAUCAGCCCCAGGUGCAGUACCAUCAUCAGCAUCCGCAACAGCAUCACCAUCACGUGAAGUACGAAGAGCCGAUCAAGACGAUCACGAUCGAAAAGAAGAUCCCGGUGCCGUACACCGUGCACAAGCACUUCCCGUACACGGUUGAGAAGAAGGUCCCGUACGAGGUGAAGGUACCGAUCCCGAAACCGUACCUGGUUGAGAAGAAGGUUCCGGUACACAUCAAGGAGUACGUCAAGUAUGCCGUCCACGUCCCAGAACCGUACACCGUGUACAAGAAGAUCCCGUAUGAGGUGAAGGUCCCAGUAGACAAGCCGUACGAGGUGAAGGUACAUGUCCCAAAGCCGUACAUCGUCGAAAAGAAGGUCCCAUAUGAGGUGAAGGUUCCAGUUCCGGUGCCGGUCACCGUCGAGAAGAAGGUACCGUACGAGGUCAAGUAUGAGGUGGCCGUACCGAAACCAUACACCGUGUACAAGAAGGUGCCGUAUGAGGUGAAGGUACCAGUUGACAAGCCAUACAAGGUGGAUGUGUUGAAGCCGGUGAAGGUUGAGGUGCUGAAACCGUACCCGGUGGUCGUCGAGAAGAAGGUCCCGUACGAGGUGAAGGUACCGGUGGACAAGCCGUACGAGGUGGAGGUACCGCGCCCGGUGAAGGUCGCCGUCAAGGUGCCCGUACCGGUGCCGUACACCGUCGAGAAGAAGUUCCCGUACACGGUGGAGAAACCAGUGCCAUACGAGGUGAAAGUGCACAUUGAUCGCCCCGUGCCCGUCUACAAGGAGGUGAAGUUUGCCGUGCAGAAGGAAGUUCCGGUGCCGGUGAAGGAGAAACUUAUCGUACCAGUGCCAGUAAGCGAAAAGAAGCCGGAAACGGAGUAUCACCAGGAGCAGCACCAGGAGCACGAACAGCAGCAACACGCCCAGUACGAACAGCAGCAGGAGCAUUUCUACCACGAACAGCCACAGGCACUGGCUUACCAUCAGGAACCGCAGGCCUACCAUCAGGCUGAAGCUGCCCAUGCCGCUUACCAGCAGGAGCUUCAGCAUCAACACCAGCAGCAGCAACAGCAGCAGCAUCAGCAACAACAGCUCCAGCAGCAGUACCAUCAACAGCAGGAGCAACAGUAUCACCAGUACCAGCAGCACCAGCAGCAGAUCUACAACGCCCACCAGCAGCAACAGUACCAGCAGCAGGAGCAAAACCAUCACCAGCAGCAUUACGAAUCGCACUAAACGUUCCAACGGAAUGCUGUUGGAAUCGCCGAUGGGAGAUCAACUGCCAGACUGACGAAUCCGGAAGAUGUGAUAAUGUACUUUACCCCCCCAUUUUUUUUAGUAAUACUUGCCUCGUGACGCUUUGCAAAACGGUUACGCGAGAUUCGCGAAGUGGUUCCCGUUGCUAACGUCCCACAGAUGUCGAAAGAGUCCUUCGUUACUCGCCACUCGUUACAUGUGCUUUACUGUGUUUAAGAUUAGGACGGCUGCCGUAUAGUUUAGCCGCGCGUUUAAAAGAGAAAAAGAACCCCAUACUAUCGAGCGUUCGCUAAAUGCGUCAAUUAGGGAGCACGCGUUCAACGAAGAAAAAUCUUGAAAUGAUCGGAUGCACAAAACGUUACACGGUCACGGUCGCAGGGGGCCAAAAACUUCUCAGCCUGAUUGCCAACCGCCCAGAACAGAUGCAUUUGCAAAGGACUGGGAAUGCACUCUUACUAUGGAUGGAGCCAUUACGGGAGAAGCGUGACGUGAGCGGUUUUGUCGAUAUUUUUGCAUCAAGUUGUUGUUAGUUGUUGUAUCGAAUGACUGAAAAAAAAAUGAAACAGACAAAAAAUCAAAUAUACAAAAAAAGUUAUGAUC